UUGACUGAAGUCCGGUGAUGUGUACGUCACCGUCCGAAAACCGAGCGGGUUUAUAUAGAGGAACAAACUCGGAUGCUCAAACACACUCAUUCCUUCCUCCUCUGAAACGGACAACAGAGUCACCGCCAACAUGAGAGUGUACCUUGCCGUUGCCUUGCUGAUGCUGGCUUUUGUCGCAUACACAGAGGCUCAGGAUGCGGAGACCAUCGAGGAGAAGUUCUCUAAUUUUGGCAAGCAGAUGGCUGAGGUGAGCAAGAAUGUGGCGGAGAAGGCCAAGACGGCCUUUCAAGAACUCCACAACAGCGAGUUCGCAACGGAGUCACGGACAUGGGUUCAGAAGCAGAUUGAAAACAUCAAGGCGCAAUUUAACCAGUAGACGUGUCCCUGUCUUCAGCCUACAACCCCCCCCCCCC